AUGUUCAAAUCCUCCCCAUUUUGGUUCUUUUCAAAAAGUUCAACUCGGCAAAAACAACUGGCUAAUGAUGCAACUCCUUCGCAUCUUCAAAACCCAUCGAGAAUGACUUUUACGUAUCAAAAAGAUACUCAAAUAGUCAAUGUUGUUAUGAAAGAAACACAACCAGAUGCCAGAGAAGAUACUAAUACUACUAAUACUACUACUACUAGUAGUACAACAACAAAUGAACAGGAUGAUGGUUUUAUUGAAGUUUCUUCAGUACCUUUAUCAUACGCUGAAGUUGCUUCAAUAGGUGCAAACAAAAACAAUUUACAAUCAUUGCUGACUACUCCAACGGCGUCUGCAUCGUCUUCGACACCAACCAUAAGUUUGAAACCUCCGACAACUGCUAGACCUGCAAAGGAAACAUUGCAAAUAAACCAGUACAAUGUUUUAGCAAAGGAUGAUAACAUGCCAGAUGACUCAAAUUUGGAUUCAUCAGUUAUAGAGGAGAAUUUGAAAUCUGAGGAUGACUACAAUCGGUCACAACAUUACAAAAAGCAACAGUUUCAAUUUAACAUGAACAAGAAGAAAAAAGCGAGAGAAAUGAAGAAUAAGCAGAAAUGCUAA